GGAGGGAAGGGGAGGAUGCUGCGGCUGCCGCGGGGCGAGGCGAGGCGGCGGCGGCGGGCCGGCGGGCGGAGGAUGCGGCGGAGGUGGCGGCAGCAGGCGGCGGCGGUGGCGGCGGAGCGGGGAGCCAUGCGGUGCUGCGCGGCGGGGCCAUGGCCCGCACUGCUGCUCACAGCUUUUUUGUUAAGCUCUGCUGAUGGCAAUAAUGGAACAGUUAACUGGAAGACUAAGCAAGCCAACAGCUAUGUUAUCAGCAGAAUAAAGGCUGUUGAGAAGAAUGUGUACACGAUUCUGUCUAAGGUGCACUCUGAUCGGAAUGUAUACCCUUCUGCUGGAGUUCUUUUUGUUCAUGUUUUGGAGAGAGAGUACUUUAAGGGGGAGUUUCCUCCUUACCCAAAGCCUGGUGAAAUAAGCAAUGAUCCUAUCACAUUUAAUACCAACUUAAUGGGUUACCCUGACAGACCUGGAUGGCUGCGCUACAUACAGAGGACACCCUACAGCGAUGGGGUGCUGUACGGUUCACCAACUGUAGAGAACGUGGGCAAACCAACCGUCAUCGAGAUCACUGCAUAUAACAGGCGUACCUUUGAGACAGCAAGACGUAACUUGAUCAUUAAUAUAAUGUCAGCAGAAGAUUUUCCUUUACCAUAUCAAGCGGAGUUCUUCAUAAGGAAUAUGAAUGUGGAAGAAAUGUUAGCAAGUGAAGUUCUGGGAGACUUUCUUGGAGCAGUGAAAAAUGUAUGGCAGCCAGAACGCUUGAAUGCUAUAAACAUUACUUCUGCGCUGGACAGGGGAGGGAGAGUUCCACUUCCUAUUAAUGACAUGAAGGAAGGCGUGUACGUUAUGGUUGGUGCAGAUGUUCCCUUCUCCUCAUGCUUACGGGAAGUGGAAAACCCACAAAAUCAGCUGAGAUGCAGUCAAGAAAUGGAGCCCUUAAUAACAUGUGAUAAAAAGUUCCGUACUCAAUUCCAUAUUGAUUGGUGUAAAAUCUCUCUGGUUGACAAUACCAAACAAGUUUCCACCUUUCAGGAAGUGAUUCGCGGAGAGGGGAUAUUACCUGAUGGUGGAGAAUACAAGCCACCUUCUGAUACACUGAAAAGCAGAGACUAUUACUCGGAUUUCCUAAUUACACUGGCAGUGCCCUCGGCAAUAGCACUGGUGCUUUUUCUAAUACUUGCCUAUAUCAUGUGCUGCCGACGGGAAGGAGUGGAAAAGAGAAACAUGCAAACACCAGACAUCCAGUUGGUCCACCACAGCGCUAUACAGAAAUCGACUAAAGAGCUGCGUGACAUGUCUAAGAACAGGGAGAUAGCCUGGCCCCUUUCCACACUGCCCGUGUUUCACCCAGUUACUGGCGAGAUUGUGCCACCCCUUCACACAGACAGCUACGACAAUACUAGUAUGCCGCUGAUGCAAACACAACAGAACCUGCCACAUCAGACUCAGAUUCCACAGCAGCAGAGUGCAGGAGAAUUUCGUAUGACAACAUUUCAAAGAUUUGAGGUAAAUGGUAUUCCUGAGGAAAGAAAAUUAACAGAAGCGAUGAAUUUGUAAUCAGAGAAAGCAGGAAUUGUCUUAUUCCUUAUCUGUUCUGAUUGAUGCAUGAGUUUUCCUGGUGUAUAUUGUGCAUGCCCACAGUAUUAAGCUGAUUUCAGUGCCAGAGAGUACAAUCACUUCCAUAUAACUAAUGUACUGUAUCUUUUUGUACUUUGGACAUUUUGGACAAUUUGUAAACACUGAUAACUUUUUAUAUUUGUUACAUUAAGAAAAUAAUCUUUCAAAUGUAUGUAUUAAUAAAUAUCAAACUUUUUUCUGUCUCAUGAUCUCUCCUGAAGGUUUUAACAGGGAAAUCAAAACUUCAAACUAAGCAACAGAUUCAAAGGAUUGUAGAGUCUGUUGUAUGGGAUGAUAUAACUUGCCUUACAGUUGCACACAGAAAGUGUUGUAUAAGCAUGGAAGCUGGUGCAAUAUGAUGCUCAGAAGUAGUAUUCCACAUCUAUUAGGCAUUAAUUUUGUAGAAUUGAUAAAAAUAUAAUGAGCAAAGUUAUUUUUGAAAGAAACAAACACAAAACCUAAGCUAUUCAUGUUGAAAAUGGGCCUUGUUGCUUUACCAGACAUUUAAUGUAUUUGACGACUUGUAAGCAAUAAAAUUUAAAAUCUGUCCAUUCAUUCAUCUGAUUAUUUUAAAAGAAAUUCAUCUGAAUUGAGGUUCCUUGUUUUUCACUAGAUGGUGGUAGUUUAGCUCAAGUGGCUUUUUUGCAUUUAAGUUUUUCUGAUGCUUCCCUAAAUCCUCAAAGACAGUGUAAUGUAGGACCUAAAGGGCUCCAGCUGUCACAGCCCGCACCAACAGUUCGUGACGUUUUACCUUAAAGUGUCACCGUUUCCAGCUGACACUUGUGCUUUGUCUUUUUUUCUCCCUGUAAUGUUUUCUCUUUCAGAAGCUGUCUGUUCAUUGGGACAUUGCCUUUUAAGCACAAAGCUGUAUCUGCUUUAAAAUUGCUCUGUGCUUGGCUACGUUUUUGUGGCUGGGGUUUCCCAGGUCUCUGCUAAGAGAAAUUCUGACUAAUUUAGGAAUUCAAUACUGAGCCUAAGAAGAGACUUUAAAAUUGAGUUACUACACUGUAUAAAGACCAAAGUAGUCAGUUGCUGGUGUUCCCCCCUCCUAUCCCUCUUUUUAUGACCCUGUUCCUUGAAAACACAAAAACUUAUUUCAGAAAAAGCGAUCAUUUUUAAGCCUUGGACUUAAAUACAACUCCUUGGCCAGUAAUUAAAAGAAGCCCCCAGAUUCUUUUUAGACACGUUUUGUACAAGUGUAACAACUGCAGCAAAGUAUGUACUGAGCGCAUCCACUUUGCAUUGCAAACAGGACAAACCCAACUUGUUGUUUAUACUUGGAUGUUGCCUAACUUCAAAGGUCCUAUUUUGCAAAGCUGCUCUGAAGGCCAAGUGUAAAACUGACCACUGAGUCCGUUUCUGAAAGAGCUGAAAAAGAAGAGCAACUCGUCCUUACUUUCUAAGUGGCACACAUCACACCUAGCUCAUUCAGAUUGUACCAAGGAAGAGAUUUCAUCAGGCUCCUAAGUGAACAUUCUGAUUUUCCAACAGCUUUGCAUGACCAUCAGGGGGAAGUAAAUCAGAAAACCAGCUAAUGAACACUGAGAUUGAUGUUAAAUUAAAAAAUUACCUUUUUUUUUGCCAAGCUGUAACAAUUUUGAGUAAAAUCAGCAUUUGGGUUUUGACUGCUAAUUUCAAAUGUAUGAGCUGUCAGUGCUCUGAAACAGAAAUGAAUGGAAUGGAUUUUAAAGUGAUUUAUAGUUGACUAAAUAUUGUAAAUAGUAUUGGUUUUGGAUCACGACAAUUUCUGGUAACUUCAGGAUGAUGUGACAAUCAAUUAAAUACCUACUGAGCUACUCCCUUCUUAUUUGUACUAAGAUAGAGGAGUGCCAGGGUAUUGAAGGCAAUUUCUUAAGCUGCUGUGUAUGUGCAUCAAGGAUCAGGUUGUACCAGCAGGUGCUCCGUGUAUUCUGAGAGGACUCUGAUGAUGUAGGUGAUGGAUAUUAAGCACACCUGAAACUAUUUUAUGCUUGAAAGCAUCAGGCAUUUGAGGUAAGUUUAAUAAUAAAUUAUUUAUUUUUACUUAUUAAAAUAAUUACCACAGAAGCAUAGAUUUAUAAAGCUCGCUAAAGACACUUAACAAAGAACUAGAAAUAGUUAAAAUUGGUGACAGAGUGGUACGGUCACAGCCUCCUUCAGCAAUGUACAGUGACGGUGGGAACUGGUAUUGUAAUGAGACUGUUGCAACCACAUGAAGUAGAAAGCACUAUGGCUGUCUUUGUAAAUGUACAGAAUGUCAAAUCUAAUAAAUAGGAAAAACAUCA